AUGCCUCAAUGCCCAUGUGUCCAUGACCUGCAUACAAAAAAUUCAUUUCUCGAGAGCACUCCUCAGAUACUUCACAAUCUGAACUACCACUUCCCAAUGUGCCUGUCGACUUACCACACUCACUGGAAACGAGAUAUCCGGGAAAAUGCAAAUGCAAAUCUAAGUUUCCAGUCUCUCCUCUUGUCAGUUACAAUAUCUGCAGACAUGUACAAAGAAAAAAUUUUGGAACUUGCAUUAUCAGCAAGCGAAGAGUUAUGGCACAUGGCACAAGAACAAGAACCCUUAUGGCUCUUCGACACGAAUAAGGGCUCCGAGGUUCUUAAUGAAGCCGAAUAUAAGCGGCGAUUCAUCUCACUUGAUGAAACAUUGGAUGAGAUCAUAAGGUUGGUAUCUACUGGAGAAUCUAUUGAUGAUCACCACUUCCUAAACUUCAAUGAGAAUGCAGCAAAUGGAGAAUUUGCUUUCAACAAUGAAGCAUCCAAGUCCAUUGGGGUUGUUCUUGCGAGUUCAGUUAGCAUUCUAAAUGUGCUGAUGAAUGUGGAACAAUGGUCAAGCGUGUUCUUCAGUAUUGUUUCAAAAGCAACAACCCUUGGAGUCUUAUACCCAGGAGAGAAUGAAAACCAUAAUGGAGCUUUGCAAGUGAUGACAGCAAAUUUUCAUCUUCCUUCACCAUUGUUUACACCUCGAGAGGUGAAAUUUGCAAGAAUUUGUAGAAGGAUAAAUUUGAACACUUGGUUAGUAGCUGAUGUUUCUCUGGAAAGUGUGUUUCCUAAUGAAGCAGUACCAUGUGUUCAGAGAAGACCCUCUGGUUGUUUAAUCCAAGAACUUCAACCUGGCUUAUCUAUGGUUACAUGGGUAGAGCACAAUCUGGUACCUAAUGCUUCUGUUCAGCAUAUGUUCAAAAUGUUACUCACAUCAGAUUAUGCAUUUAGUGCAAAGAGAUGGAUUGCAACAUUGGAAAGAUAUUACGAUAAAAUCACAAGUCUAGAGGGACGACAAGAAGACAAUUCUCCACAGUCUAAUGGGUUAAGUGUUGGAAAUAAAAAUAUGUUGAAGCUAGCUCAAAGGAUGGUUAAGUGCUAUGCUAGAAACAUUAGUCCAUGUAGUGACAAUUCAUGGAUGCCCUUGCCAAUUUCUGGUGCCGAGGAAAUCUUUGUCAAAAUGAGCACAAACUUGGAUGAUCCAAGGCUCCCUCAAGGUGUUGCAAUAACUAUUUCUACUUCGGUUUGGUUGCCAAUCCCUCAAGCCCACUUGUUUGAGUUUCUAAGAAAUAGAACUAACCGUGGAAAGGGAUGGAAAUUUAGAUUCACCGCUGAUAUCCACCUGAAUCCACUUCGCAUGGAUCAGUGGGAUCUAUUGUCUGCUGGCUCCAAUAUUUUGGAAGACAUGAAGAUCUCUUCUACUCGGGACCCUUCAAAUUCAAUUUCACGACUCUUGAUUGAGUCUCCAGCAACCGACAAGGCGGCAAAGCUUUACCUCCAAGAGAGCUUCACAGAUUCAGUAGCCAUGUAUGUGAUUUAUGCACCUCUUGAUGUGGUGGCGACACAAUACUUAUCAGAUGGGAAAGAUGAAGAUAGUGUUCCCAUACUGCCUUGUGGAUUUGCUAUUUUGCCGGACAAAGCAAAUUGGCCAUCUGGGGAGAGUGUUAAUGGAAGUAUUCUUACAAUUUCAUUCCAAUUAAUUGAUGAGCAGCUUUCUUCAACCACAAGUUAUCUUCCUCCAUCAUCGGUGCGAACUAUAUAUAAAAUUAUAUGUGAGACAAUUUCCUUGAUCAAGGAUGCGUUACUCUGUAACUAG